AUGAACAUUGACGGAUACGCUUUUAUUGUGGGUGGUGGCAGUGGAAUAGGAAAAUCUUGCGCUCUCGCCUUUGCGAGAGAGGGCGCUGCAGGGAUUCUCCUAGCCGAUAUCAGCUUAGGCGCGGCGAAGGAGGUCGCUGCUUUGUGUGUGACCGCAGCGACAGCGGCCGGCUUCCGAGCUGAAGCCGUACAUGCCGACGUAACUGUAGAGGCAUCGGUCAAGUCGGCGACAAGUAGGAUGGCAGACCUUUUCCCGCGGAUCGACUACUGUGUAAUUUCGGCGGGUAUAGGGGUAACAUUGGCAGUCGAGGUUGCAGAAACCCAGACCGCCGAGCUCACUCGGUUCUUGGACGUCAAUGUUACUGGAACAUUCAAUGUUACGCGGGACAUUACGGCGCUCAUGAAGUCUCAAGACCCCAAGUCCUACGAGGCUCCGGGUCAAGGGAGAGGUCCAACACGCGGGUCCAUUGUCAUCAUGGGGUCAGCGGCAUCUUUUGCCGCCCAACGCAACAUGGUACAGUACACGACGUCGAAACAUGCAGUUCUCGGCUUAAUGAAGAACGCAGUGCUAGCUUUGGACAACGCAGCCUACAGCAUUAGGGUGAAUUGCGUGUGCCCAUCUUGGGUCGACACCCCAAUGGUACAGGAUGCGGUGGCGCAUGUACCAGGACUUAAAGAGGUGAUCGAAAGCCGUGUCCCAUUGGGCCGGAUCGCAGUGCCCGAUGAGGUCGCCGACGCGGUACUGUUCUUGAGUAGUCCCCGAGCAAGCUAUGUGACUGGUUCAGCCUUUAUCAUCGAUGGAGGUACUACCUUGACGGGUCAUGUUUAG